CACUAUAUAAAGGGAGAAUUGUGUGCCCUGUGUUUGCUGGCUGAGUAGGUGGCAGAAGGGGCUGAAGGAGCAGCAGCAGUAUGGCUCCCAAAAAGGCAAAGAAGAAGAUAGAAGGUGGGUCCAAUGUGUUCUCCAUGUUCGAACAGACCCAGAUCCAGGAGUUCAAAGAGGCUUUCACCAUCAUGGACCAGAACAGAGAUGGCUUCAUUGACAAAGCAGACCUGAGAGACACAUUCGCCGCGCUAGGUCGUCUGAAUGUCAAGAACGAAGAGCUUGAAGACAUGGUGAAGGAGGCGCCAGGGCCGAUUAACUUCACUGUCUUCCUUACUAUGUUUGGGGAAAAGCUGAAAGGCACGGACCCAGAGGAAACCAUUCUCAAUGCUUUCAAGAUUUUCGACCCAGAAGGAAAAGGCCACAUAAAGGCAGACUACAUCAAAGAAAUGCUUAUGACACAGGCAGAUCGGUUCAGCCAGGAAGAGAUCAACCAGAUGUUUGCUGCUUUCCCUCCAGAUGUCUCUGGUAACCUCGACUAUAAGAACCUCUGCUAUGUUAUCACCCACGGUGAGGAGAAAGACUAAGAGAAAGAGAAGAGCUUCUCCCCUGGUGAUGCACCAAGGAGGUUCAUGGUGCCUCUGUGUGCCAGUCUGGGAAGCCAUGUGGCCAUCAGCAGAGAACCAAUAAAGCAACUGACA